GGCGAGGCUGCACGAACACUAUAUAAAAGCUCUGAUUAUUAACAGUUACAAAAAAGUGAAACACGAGGUAACACGACACGUAACGUACUGUGAGUGGAAAUAGAAUUAAGAAAGAAACACAAGCAAUACAGAAAAAAAUAAGAAGCACACGCCAUACGGAAGAAAAUAUCAAAAUGGGUGAGGACAAAACUCAUCUCAGUCUCACAUUACAGUUAAUGCAGGAGCGAAAGCUGAUCAGAGAUGAAGAAACCUUCACAGUUGACGGGAAAGGGCUGAAUAUUGCACACGUACAUGAGAGCAGCAAAAAUACGCACAUCAAGCUGUCCAUUUCUGACCAUUCCCUGAAUGAAAUGGCUCAAAAUGCCGAGUAUCUUCGAAAGAAAGUGACCGAAGAUAGGUUGGUUAUAUACGGUAUCAACACAGGGUUUGGAAACAGCGCUGAUACCCGCACUCUGGAGUUAGAAAAGUUGCAGAAAGCUUUGAUACAACACAUCAAUGCCGGGAUGGGUCGAACCUUUCCUCCAGACAUGGUGCGCGCAGUGAUGGUCACAAGGGCCAAUUGUCUCGCUAAGGCUUACUCAGGAGUACGUCCAGACGUGGUACAGUUACUGGUAGCCAUGAUUAAUAACGAUAUCGUUCCUAUCGUUCCUCUGCGUGGAUCUGUCAGCGCCAGUGGUGACUUGAUGCCUUUGGGUUAUAUAGCAGCAGCCAUGAUCGGAAGAGAAGAUAUCAACGUAAUGGUUAGAGGUCAAAUCAUGCCAUGUCCUGUUGCCCUUAAAGAAGCCAAUCUAGAACCAUUGGUGAUGGGACCAAAAGAAGGACUCGCCAUUAUCAAUGCCACCUCUUUCGCUGCUGGUACCGCCGCUCAAACCAUUUAUGAAGCCAACAUUGCUGUCCUUCUAACACAGAUUUGCACAGGGCUGGCCGUAGAAGCACUACAAGGUAAAUUGGAAAGUUUCCAUCCAGUCCACCAUACUUGCCUUCAGCACGUCGGUUUGAAAGAAGUUUCCAACAACAUGUUGAAGAUAUUGGACGGAAGUCAACUCGCCGUCUCGACGUUAGAGAUGCAUCUACCUGAUACAUACGGGUCCUUGAAGCAAGACCGUUACAGCAUAAGGACGGCACCACAAUGGCUAGGCCCGGUGAUCGAGACUCUCAAAGAGGCCUGUCGACGAAUAAACGUGGAACUGAAUUGUGCCAAUGACAACCCAGUCAUCGACCACCGCACCGACACCAUUGCUCAUGGAGGCAAUUUCCAAGGAGAAACGCUUUCAAUAACAUUAGAUCAAACUCGUCAAGCGUUGCAAGUCUGUGGAAAGCUUCUUUUGGCACAAUUCCAAGAAAUUGUCAACCAUCGCAUUAACCACGACCUUCCGCCAAAUCUCUGCGGAUCAGACAUCAAUCUCGAUUUUGGUUUCAAAGGAGCUGAUACUGCCAUGGCAUCGUACAUGUCAGAGUUAGAUCACCUGGCCAACCCAAUGUCCAACCACGUGCUCUCUGCUGAAUGCCAGAACCAAUCUGUCAACUCCAUGGCUCUCGUCAGUUCUCGUCUUACUCGAGAAGCGCUGGAGAUAUUACAGAUGAUGCUAGCCAAUCAUUUGUGUUUACUAUGUCAGGCCUUGGACCUGAGACAUCUGCGUAAUAAGGUACUGAUGACAAUUGACAAAAUGGGGAAACCCCAUAAGGAAUUCCUUGCCUCUUUUCUCAAAGAAAACAAAUGGUAUGAUUUCCUUUUCAACCCAGAGGAAUCUGCAGCUAGGUUUGCUGAGAAAUUUCCUAAAAAUGGUCACAAAGAAGAAGACAUCCGCAGUGAGAUAUGUGGCACUAUGAAAUCACUGAUGUCUGAUGCGUGUAACGGUCAUCUAGGGACUGCUGAAUGCCUAGGAAAAGGUUCACAGAGAGCGUACUGGUACAUACGUCACACGGUGGGAGUGCCAUUUUACCACGGCCAGGCAGCAAUUGACACGUGGCUGGAGAAGAUUUUAUCAGCUGUUCAAAAUGGAGACUUUGAAAACGUUUUAAUUUCCGUAUUUGAGGAGGCUUGAUUUUCAAAUUAUGCAAUGAACAUUAAUAUGCAUUUAUUUUGUAAUUCAGUGCACUUAUUUUGUAUGUUAUUUUUCGGAAUAUAUAUAUUUAUAUGAUCUCCACUAAAUAUAUAUGACAGGGAUUCUCUUUCCGAAAAGCAUGCGCUUGAGCAGGAAAUUGGAAGUAUGUUUUAAUUACGCAUUAAAAAUUUUAUUUAGUACGGGUAAAUUGUGGCUCUUUAGAUUACGUUAUACCUCUACACCAUUAUUAAUUUUUUGCAGGUUAUUAUUUAUGUUAUAUUUCCAUUAGAAAUGGGACAUGUUGCAUUAAGUCAGUUUUUAAGUGAGGCCAGUAAUUCAUCAUAUAAUAUACAUUACAAGGUGUGAUAUCUGUAUGCAAUAACAAGUAGCUCAUUUAUUUUACCAAAACUUUUUUUAUAAUACUUUUAUAUGGACACGGUAUUUGUAUACAUUUUUUUCAAUAAAACAACU